AUGAAGAUUUGGGUGAAGUUGCAGCUGAAGAAGAUGGGUGAAAAUGAGCAAACAGUGGCUGAGAAGGCGAUUAAGCAAAGAAAAUUAGAAAUUGAAAUUGUUUUAGCUCGCUAUGUCGAACCGUCAUCUGCUAAACUCGAAAAUUUCAUUCCAUUUUCUCGUUUGGUGGAUCGUGUUUGGUUGUUUUCCAGGGAAGGAGUAAUUUCAUCGUUUGUGGUAACAUUGGAUUCAAUUGAAAUAUUCCGAUCGCUGGGUUGGAUAUCAACACCAACAGUCUACUUCGUUUGUAAAGGAGAGAACAAAACGCUGUUACCCGAUGUCACUAAACCCGGCGUCGUUUAUUCUUUCAGAGGUCAAGAAUCUUGGCAGCCAUUGACACAAUUGGAUGCCAAGAAAUGCAAGCGAUGUGGAUUCUACGAGCAGGACAUCAUUAAAAUACAUGAUGUAUAUGACGAGCGGGAGUUUUGUGCUUUCGACUUCAAACCUCCAUUUAGGAAAUACAAAUUGUUCAAAGAAAAGCAACUUAAUGCUACGUUCCACUGUCUAGAAUGUGCAUCUCUUUCGGGUGCUUCCAAUGCAACCCCCCAAACUGGUGAUGAUGAUGAUGGGAAGGGAAUGCAUGUUUUUAUGAUUAUACUGAUUACCAUGCUGGUUUUAACUGUAACAAUAAUUGCAUUGGUGGCGGCACAUAAACGUUGGCAAAAGAAGAAGAGACAACAGGAACAAGCUCAAUUCUUAAAGCUAUUCGAAGAAGGGGAUGAUAUAGAGGCUGAACUAGGCUAUGGUACUAUAAUAUGA